UGCCUCAGGAUUUUUUUCUUGCACAUACACAUAUACACACACAUGCACGUGCGCGGUCACACACACACGGGCGCGCGCGCGGUCUCUCUCACACACACGCGCACACACGCACACACCUUCAGGGCUGAGGAGUUGCUGAGGCCGGAGACUCUGCUCCACAUCCACACUCUGUUUCACUGAAAUUUAUUAUUAUGGGAGAGAAAAAAUAAAAUCAGAGAGUUUACUGGAUCGAGGAAGACUUGUGUUGAAUAAUCGGAAUGAUGGAUGCGCAGAGGCGGAGGACGAGAGAAUGGCUUUGGCAUCGCGGUGUAUCGAUUCUCAUCACCGUAUCGGUGUUCCUGCAGACUGCGUGUGUGAGAGCAGCUGAGCCAGUGGACGUGCUGAAGGUUUUGGACUUUCGCAGUUCUCCAGAGGGAAUAACAAAGACUCAGGGACUCUGUCCUGUCAGGAGAGGAUCCAAACCCGACGUGGCCUACAGAGUGGACAAGAAAGCCCAGAUCAGCACUCCAACGAAAAAACUCUUUCCAGCUGGAGUAUUUCCUGAAGAUUUCUCCAUCCUCAUGACCAUAAAGCCCAAAGCUGGAACUCAGGCCUUCCUCUUGUCAGUGUAUAAUGAUAAGGGCCUGCAGCAGCUGGGGGUGGAGAUCGGACGCACUCCAAUCUUCCUGUACGAAGAUCAGCAUGGAAAACCCACGCCUGAAAAUUAUCCCUUAUUCAGAAACAUUAAUCUCUCCGAUGGGAAGUGGCACCGUGUGGCGAUCAGCGUGGAGAAGAAAUCCAUCACCAUGAUCAUCGACUGUAAAAAGAAAAUUUCAAAGCCUCUGGACAGAAGUAAUAAAGCCGUGAUCAGCACCGAGGGCAUCACGGUGUUCGGCACCAGGAUCCUGGAUGAGGAGGUGUUCGAGGGAGAUAUCCAGCAGCUGCUGUUGGUGGACGACGCCCGAGCCGCGUACGAUUAUUGUGAACAUUACAGUCCCGAGUGCGGAACGCCUCAACAGGAAACACCGCAGGCUCAGGAACCCGAGGAGGAGUACACUGAGUACACAGAUUAUUACGACUACACGGAGGGAGAAGUCGGAGCUACUGAGGUUCCUCUAGAGGAAACCGACACCAAAACUGACACCCAAACCGACACCCAAACCGACACCCAAACCGACACCCAAACUGACACCCAGCCCAGUACAGGGGACGUGGAGUACUACACUGACACCGAGCUGGAGUACGGAGCUGUGGAUGGGUCUGAACCUCAAACCACCACAUCACCUGUUAAAACUGGGGAUGUGACGUAUGAGGAGGAAAUUGUGGAUGAUUACGUCACUGGGGUGGAGCAGGUGGGCGUGGACUCGGCUUCCACACCUGUGGAAUCCAAAACCGUGGAGACGGUGGAGGGUGAUGUCACGUCCUUCAAAGAGUAUGACAUGAGCGAGUUUGAGACAAAAGAACUGGAUCCAAGUCACUAUGACGACGGUUUCUAUGACUACGGCACGAUAGCUCCGGGCCCAGACCCAACCCAAGAGCAUGAGGUGGAGAUGCCUGCAGAGACUGGCCAGUCAGAGGGCAGGACUGCUGGUGGUUAUGGAGGUGAGAAAGGACAGAAAGGAGAACCUGCUGUCAUUGAGCCGGGAAUGCUAAUAGAGGGACCACAAGGACCACCAGGACCCGCGGGUCUUCCUGGCUCUCCAGGUGUUCAGGGUGCUCCCGGUCUCCCUGGUGAUCCCGGUAACAAAGGUCCUCCUGGUCGUCCUGGUAUCCCUGGUGCUGAUGGAGCUCCUGGACCUUCAGGAACAGUCCUCAUGCUGCCAUUCCGUGCAGGAGGUUUGGCCUCUAAAGGUCCGGUUGUGACAGCGCAGGAAGCUCAGGCUCAGGCCAUCCUGGCCCAGGCUCGGUUAACAAUGAGGGGUCCGCCCGGGCCUGUGGGGUUAGCCGGCAGAUCUGGUGCUAUGGGUAGUCCUGGAACACCUGGUCUUAAAGGAGAUAGUGGAGAUGCUGGUCCACCUGGUCCGAGAGGACUGCAGGGACCCACAGGGCCCUCGGGGAAGCCGGGGAAGAGGGGUCGUUCAGGAGCUGAUGGAGCCAGAGGAAUGCCAGGAGAAGCAGGAGGAAAGGGAGAUCGAGGCUUCGAUGGUCUGCCGGGUUUACCUGGGGAGAAAGGCCACAGGGGUGAGCUCGGCCCGAUCGGACCCCCAGGACCACCUGGAGAUGACGGGCCAAGGGGUGAGGAUGGACAGAUUGGACCGAGAGGACUGCAGGGAGAAGGUGGUCCUAGAGGUUUACUCGGCCCACGAGGAUCUCCAGGUUCUAAUGGUCAGCGUGGUCUCCCCGGACUGGACGGGCCGCCGGGUCCUAAAGGGAACUUGGGACCACCAGGAGAAGCAGGACCACCUGGUCAGCAGGGUCUCCCUGGUUCACAGGGUUUACCGGGACCUCAGGGCCCAAUCGGACCUCCUGGAGAAAAAGGUCCUUCUGGGAAACAGGGACUGCAGGGUUUAUCUGGAGCUGAUGGUCCUCCUGGUCAUCCAGGGAAAGAGGGACCGCCUGGAGAGAAAGGAUCUGUUGGUCAUCCUGGACCUCAGGGCUCUAUCGGCUACCCCGGACCCCGAGGAGUGAAAGGAGCUGAAGGAGUCCGUGGGUUAAAAGGUGGUAAAGGAGAAAAGGGUGAAGAUGGUUUCCCUGGAUUUAAAGGUGAUAUGGGACUCAAAGGGGAUAAGGGGGAACCUGGAGUGAUUGGAUUGAGGGGAGAAGAUGGACCAGAGGGACCGAAGGGAAAAGCCGGACCGACUGGAGAAGCUGGACCCAUGGGACUGGCUGGAGAAAAGGGUAAACUGGGAGUUCCUGGAUUGCCUGGAUAUCCUGGACGACAGGGUCCAAAGGGUUCUACUGGCUUCGUCGGUUCUGCUGGAGCCAAUGGAGAGAAAGGAGGAAGGGGACUCGCUGGUAAAGCAGGGCCGAGAGGACAGCGCGGGCCAACGGGUCCUCGUGGUAGCCGCGGUGCAAGAGGACCGACAGGAAAACCAGGAGCGAAGGGAACAUCUGGACACGACGGUCCUGCUGGUGGUCCUGGAGAAAGAGGACCUCAAGGACCCCAGGGGCCUGUCGGGUUGCCGGGCCCUAAAGGUCCACCUGGACCACCUGGUAAAGACGGACUGCCCGGACACCCAGGACAGAGAGGAGAGACCGGUUUCCAAGGGAAGACGGGUCCACCUGGUCCCGGAGGAGUCGUGGGGCCACAGGGUCCUACAGGAGAAACCGGACCUGUGGGAGAAAGAGGACACCCCGGAUCCCCGGGACCCCCCGGAGAGCAAGGUCUUCCUGGAGCAGCGGGUAAAGAAGGUGGAAAGGGAGACCCGGGUCCCCAGGGUCCUGGUGGAAAGCCCGGUCCUGCUGGUAUCCGAGGUUUCCUGGGACUGAGAGGUCUUCCUGGAACGCCAGGUCCAGGAGGUCUGAAAGGUGGUGAAGGUCCUCCUGGUCCACCAGGUCCCAACGGAUCUCCAGGUGAGAGAGGAGGUGCUGGACCCGGCGGCCCGAUUGGAGUACCGGGACGAAAUGGACCUCAAGGACUCCCGGGACCCGCUGGAGAGAAAGGUGGCCCGGGCGAGAAAGGUCCUGCUGGCCCCGCUGGUCGAGAUGGUAUCCAGGGUCCAGUUGGACUUCCUGGUCCUGCAGGACCUCAGGGACCACCUGGAGAGGACGGUGAUAAGGGAGAAGUCGGAGAAGCGGGACAGAAGGGAAGCAAAGGGGACAAGGGCGAAUCUGGUCCUCCUGGUCCAGUUGGCCUUCAAGGUCCAGUUGGCAAUCCAGGUCCUGCUGGCAGCGAUGGUGAAGCUGGUCCACGAGGUCAGCAGGGAAUGUUCGGCCAGAAGGGAGACGAAGGACCUCGAGGAUUCCCCGGACUGCCAGGACCCGUCGGCCUACAGGGAUUACCUGGACCUCCGGGGGAGAAGGGAGAGACCGGUGACGUCGGUGCCAUGGGUCCUCCUGGUCCUCCGGGUCCGAGAGGCCCUCAGGGUCCCAGUGGAGCCGAUGGAGCUCAGGGGCCUCCUGGUGGUGUCGGCUCUAUGGGAGGAAACGGAGAAAAGGGUGAGACAGGUGAAGCAGGAAACCCAGGAUCCCCUGGAGAGACUGGUUCAAUGGGUCCGAAAGGUGAAGUGGGUGAGAAAGGAGAGACUGGACCACCUGGAGCUGCCGGACCUGCAGGAGCACGAGGACCCCCUGGAGAUGACGGUCCUAAAGGAAACCCUGGACCUGCUGGAUUUCCUGGAGACCCAGGUCCUCCUGGUGAGCCCGGUGUUGCAGGACUCGAUGGUCUUCCUGGAGAUAAAGGAGAAGAUGGAGAAGCCGGUCAACAGGGACCCCCAGGUCCGUCAGGUGAAGCUGGACCUCCUGGACCUCCAGGAAAGAGAGGUCCGGCCGGACGGCAAGGGCCCGAGGGCAAGCAGGGAGAAAAAGGUUCUAAGGGUGAAGCCGGAGCUGAAGGACCAGCUGGGAAAACUGGGCCUGUUGGACCUCAAGGACCACCUGGGAAGCCUGGUGCUGAGGGACUAAGAGGAAUUCCUGGACCUGUGGGUGAACAGGGACUUCCUGGAGCAGGAGGUAAAGACGGUCCACCGGGUCCACUGGGUCCUCCUGGACUCCCAGGGCUGAAAGGUGACCCGGGUUUUAAAGGUGAAAAGGGUCAUCCUGGUCUGAUUGGACUGAUCGGACCUCCAGGUGAUUCAGGUGAGAAAGGAGACAGAGGUUUACCUGGAGCUCAGGGAACAGCUGGAGGCAAAGGUGAUCCUGGUGGUGUUGGUUCUCCUGGUCCUCUUGGUCCUCCUGGUCCUCCUGGUAUUCCUGGAACACAAGGACAAAAAGGAUCCAAAGGAGCGAGUGGUCCAGCGGGUCAGAAAGGAGAACCCGGGUUGGUCGGCACUCCUGGUCCUCCUGGUCCUCCAGGUGACAUGAUCCAGCCACUGCCCAUUCAGAUGUCCAAGAAAUCCAGGCGUUCUUCAGACGUCCAGGCCGACGAGGCCGUGAUGGAUUAUGGUAUGGAGGGAAUGGAGGGAAUGGACGAAGUCUACGGCUCUCUCAAUAACCUGAAGCUGGACAUUGAGCGUAUGAAGUUCCCUCUUGGGACGCAGGACAAUCCGGCUCGUACUUGUAAAGACCUGCAGCUCAGCCAGCCCGACUUCCCCAACGGUGAAUAUUGGAUCGACCCAAACAUGGGCUGUAAAGGAGAUUCCUUUAAGGUGUAUUGUAACUUUACAGCAGGAGGAGAGACGUGUAUCUAUCCUGAUAAAAAGUCCUCAGGGGUUCGAAUAUCCAACUGGCCCAAAGAGUCUCCAGGGACGUGGUUCAGCGAAUUCAAGCGCGGGAAAAUUCUCUCGUAUGUGGAUGUAGAGGAGAGUUCCAUCACCGGCGUCCAGAUGACGUUCCUCAAGUUGCUGAGUUCUGCAGCAAGACAGAACUUCACCUACAUCUGCCACCAGUCCGUCGCCUGGUUCGACGCUAAAGCAGACAGCUACAACAAAGCGCUGCGCUUCCUCGGCUCCAACGACGAAGAAAUGUCUCACGACAACAACCCCUUCAUCAAGGCCAUGUAUGACGCCUGCUCGCAAAAGCAGGGCUACGCUAGGACCGUGUUGGAGAUUAACACUCCGCGCAUCGACCAGCUUCCUAUCAUCGACGUCAUGCUGAACGACUUCGGAGAUCCAAACCAGAGAUUCGGCUUCGAGGUCGGACCUGUCUGCUUCCUCGGGUGAUGGCUGUCCUUCAGCCCGGCGUGCUGGGACCCUUCCAGACGUGUGGACAGCUGACACACACACACACACACUUCUGCUGGCUAAUAAAGACUGUGUUAUCAUCAUGGGAAAGUUCUUCGCCCUUGUAGGGCCGAAAUGACGAGACUGAGACCAGCAUUCUGAGGACCAACAUGAAGAGAAGACACGAACUGGUGAAUAACUGUGCACUUUCAGACUAAAAAAGAAAUGGAUUCCUCUCUUUUCCUCUUUUCCACCAAAUCCACUUCUUUUCCCAGUCCCAGUUUUAAUCCCACUAUAUAAUUAACUUCUAAUCCUGAUCUUUUAGUUUUAAUCCCACUGUUGAUCCUUCAUAACCUCAUUAUCAUAAGUUUUGAACUCCGUCCUAAACCUGAUCCCUAAUAUUAAUACCAAAAUACCUUAUUCCAGUUCCUAUUAUGGAAUUUAUUCCCAAUUUUUCAGUCCCAAUUUUUAUUCUAGUUCCACUUCCCUUUCGUCCCUUUAUUCUUUCUCCAACUGUUUAGAUUCACAUUAGUCUAUUAUAAAAUGAGAUCUUACGGUGCUAUAGAAAAGUGCAUUUUAUAAAACUGUAAUUAUGAUUUUGUACAAUAAUGUCUUUUGAAGCCGCUUUCCUGCAGAACCUUGCAUGUCUUUAAUCUGGAGAUGAUACAGUGAUUUCCUCCGUCUAAAUAGCUUUUAUCUUUAACUUUCAAACAGUCGUCCUGUUAUAGUGUGAUUAUAAACUCAGCAUUAAAAAGCAGCCCUACUGUAAAUAUUGACCACUUUUAGAGGAGAUUUAUCUGUCGUAAGGAUGCUGAAGGAGUAAUUUUAAGAUUUAAAAUCUGUAUAAAAGCAGAUUUUUCUUCAUUUCCCACUAAUGUGUUGAUGUAGUCAGUGGUAGCCUUAAUGCUGUGGUAAUCAGACGUCUGAUAACGUGACGGUGAAACAAGAGCGUUUAUAUCAGACUCAAAAUCUUUUUCUUUUAUUUUUUUAAUACCUCAACCCCGAGUGGAAGGGAAAACAUGUUAAACAGCUCUUUCAUUACGCAUUUUAAUUUUCUUUGCGUUUCUUUAUCCAAGUUUGUGUUUAAAGUUUAAAAAGUAAGACUGUGUUCCUGUGCUUGGUAUUUAAGCUUCUGUGCUGCCACGUGGUUUUGUUCCAUUUGCUUUUCUGUCUUUGUCUGAAAUGUGUUUGCAGAUCUGUUCAUGUCCUCGGUUCCCUCCAAAUACAUGACUAUAGGCAUUUAAAUUGGACACAUUUGUGUACUUUUUUUCUUCUAUAAUUUAUGUAAAACCUGGAAUAAAUGAUUGGUAUGAUCUAGUUAGUUUCUAUUCAA